AUGAAAAGGAAGCCGGCCCUUCAGGAGUGGCCUCUUUCCAAGGACGGCCCUGACGGUGCUAACUCAGGGCCCACCAAGCCCUCGCUGGUGCACUCCGUCCAGCUGGCUGGGCCGGGAGCCAGAAGACAUGGCUCUGCUGUGGACCAGGCACAGCGGCCCUCGGAGAUCUCCUUCUGCUCACUGAGACUCAGCUUCCUCAUCUGUAACCCUCCGCUCCCCCAGACAACCCACACCCACCAUUCAGAGGCCUCCCAGGGUCCCCUCCCCCUGGAUAAACCAGAUCAGCUGCCCCCCACUUGCGGGGAGUCUGCUGCUUGGAAUGCUCAGGCCCGAGCCCCAAGCCUCCUGUCCCCCAGCUUAGAGCCCCGAUCCCUCGCGUGGCCACACCACGAUGCAGGAGCCACGCAGGAGCCCCUAGGACUUGCAGGCGGGAGCCUGGGUAGCGUGUGGAGAACGGAGAGCAGCUCGCCGAGCCUGCGGCAGCCCAGCCUGGGGAAGCACAGGGACAGUGACGCCAGCCUGUUGAACAGCGGGUAUGCGGGGGAUGAGGAAAACAGCGAGGUCAGCCUGGUAGUCAGGAGGCACCGUGUAAGGCUGCACCGAGGUCUCAACAGCCAGGCAGACAGCGUCCAGACCAGCCAGCCGGGUGCCGUCUACUGUCCCAGCCAGAUCAGGAGCCAGCUGGCCGGCCAAGCGCCAGGAGCAGAGCAGACUGGAGGGGAAAAGUGAGAUGAGCCUGCCCGGCAGCGGCAGCGGGGCCAGCAGCCUGACAAGCAUGAGCUUCAUCAGCCUGGGCAGCAGUGCCCUCAACUACCAGGUCAGUAGCGGGCUGGUCAGUUCCGCCAGCAGCCUCCUCUCCAGCCAGGCCAGCAGCUGCCAGGGCGCCCCAGGGGACGGCACCAUGCAAAGCGGGGUGCAGAGUAACACCAAUCUGCAGGAGGGCGACGCUGGAGACAAGGGCAAAGCCAGCGACCAAGGCUGGGGUCAAGGCCAAGGCCAGGCCCCUGAGGGCCAGCAGCCUGCCCAGAUGUGUGUGCCUUUAUAAGAAGACUCACCAGCCACUAGGUUCUUGAAGGAUAAAUACAGACGUGAAUCCACAACAACCCUAGACUUUACCCAGAGUGGUUACAGCCAAAGUAAAUGCCUUUAAAAAGUAUACACUGUGUCUGAACUUUGGGUGGGGCACCCCAUUUGUAGCAAACGACUGUCAGCAGCAGGGUCAUGUGAAGUGAGAACUGUUGAAGAUGAGCGCCACCUGCAGUGACCGUCAGCAAUCAAUGGUAAGACCAUCUAUACUGAGAAACCUUAUUGAGAAGAACAGCUGUAUCGAGGUCCUUCGAGGCUGAGUCUACCUUCCCCCAGCAAUACCACCAUGAGCCCCAGCGACCAGGACCAGCCGUCUCUAACGGGAUCCACCAAUGGCAACAACAUCUAUACUGAGAACCAUCAUGGCCGGGCUCGCCAGCCAGAACUCGUCAGUGGGGGCAAUUGUGAUCGGCAGCAAAUACCAACUCUAUUUAGAAGCAUCUGAUGUUAGAACCUCCCAUGAAGGAACCGUGCUAAGUGAUGAGCACCAUCUAAGGGCAACGCCAAUGGUGGCAAGCUUGGGAGGGGCAAGCACCAGCCGUGGCUGGGACUGUCCACCAUCGACGGAGAACCACAGCCCUGGAGAGAGGGACCCGUACCGGGCCCUAUGAGACGUGCUGCUCGCGGGAGCCAGAGAGGCUGCAUUUGGAGCUCCCCGAUGAUGCCCCAUCCCUGCUCGACGUGCAUCUCCAAGGAGGUAGAGACAAGAAAGGAGCCCAGGAACCAUCUUGGUUGAGAUGGUUGGGACUAUUUCCUAUGGCAGGACAAAGCCAUGAUCAAUACUGAGUGGCGACAGACAUGAACCCAGCCAAGCACAGCUGCAAGCAAGACAGCUCUGCGCCAUUCGGCGGAAGUCUCCUACGUGGGUGGGAGGGCUGAGGACCCUCGCCUGCCCCUCCCCGGGACAAUAAAGCCCUUCCCCAGGAGCUGACCACACAGACCCUGGGGAGUGAGCUCGUCCGCUGAGGGGCGGAGGUCAGAACAGCCAAGAAGACACCCACGAGGUACCAGAAGGAAAGCUGAGGGGGCACCAAAGACAAUAAAAGGUGUCUGGAGAGGCUGAAA